GACUGAUGACGUUUCAGCGGGAGUAACUUUCAUUGAGCGGAAGCACGUACGCGAACCACUUGUGAACGUGCCGGUAGGAAGUAGAAAGCGAAAAUUACGUCUCAAUAAGUCGGCUGAAUCAACAUAAAGACAAGCAACCAUGCCUGUAGACGUUAACAAAGGCAAGAAGGUGUUUGUCCAGAAGUGUUCCCAGUGCCACACUGUGGACGAGGGUGGAAAGCACAAGGUGGGGCCGAACCUUUGGGGUCUGUUCGGGCGCAAAACGGGCCAGGCACCGGGCUUCUCCUACACCGAUGCCAACAAAAGCAAAGGAAUUACCUGGGGUGAAGACACACUGAUGACUUAUUUGGAGAAUCCCAAGAAAUACAUUCCAGGAACAAAGAUGAUCUUCGCUGGCAUCAAAAAGAAGAGUGAACGCGCUGACCUUAUAGCGUACCUUAAGUCUGCAACUUCAUAAAGAACUCUUGGUCUUUUCUGGUGUUUGUGUCCUGACCAACUGAACUGGUAAAGAGGCCAGGACUUGUCUUUCUGUUAAAAUCAGGCAUGACUGGUAUGGACCAUGAGAAGUUUCCAUCUUUGUCACAGCUGUACCUCGGUUUCUGAUCCUGCUUUGUGGUGGAAAAAAUGAUAUCCCCUGGUUUUUACAGGUUCCUUUUCUAGCAUAAAUUAUUCAAACGUACUGUUUAUUCAAAAUGUAGGGACUGAAGGCUGUGUAUUAUGUUUGCUUAUUGCCAUCCAGGAUUGUGUCUUAAUACUUUCUUGAUUCAUAAUCAAGCUGUCUUAAAUCAUUGUCUGUUCCAAGAAUGACUAUGCCAUGUUGGAUGAUCCCCCAACAGUCUUUCAUCAUGUCAUUUUUUAAUGUGUAAGUUAAAUAGACACUAAACGUUAAUUAUUUUUCUAAUUUGUUUGUCACAAUAGUCCUAGAAGUGAAUCUUUGGUCCCUAUUAGAUUUCUUAAAUAAAAAUACUGACAGUACAGGGUGUGAAUGAUCGUGUCGGGCUGAAAUCGUGUUCUUGUUUCUACAGUUUUUGGUCAUCUAGAUUUCUGAACCAAAUUAGAGCAGUAUAUAUACUCUGUAGAAUCUAUUGUUGAAGAAAGUGUUUCUAUCAAUAAAGGGACUUCAUGUUUU